CUGCAAUAAAUAAAUCCCCCCUCAAGAGCUAACUACCAACCGCAUUCAUCACCUUUCAGUAUUCCUUCACACUCUCUCAAAUUUGUUUCCUACCUUCUCCCCAUUAAUCCCCGUGAAGCGAAGACAUAAGAAGAAGAAAGAGAUGAGGAUGGAUUGGAGCAAAUAUGUGUUUAUUUUUGUGGUUAUAUCUCCUUUGCUUCCGCCGAGAGCAGUUGGAGAUUUGUACACUCCUCUGAGCCCUAUGCUAUCUCCUCUUCUGAAUGGUGUAUGUAACGUUGUGGAUUGUGGAAAGGGGAAAUGCCAGGCAUCUUCAAACCACACUUUCGGGUUUGCUUGCCAGUGCAACCCGGGAUGGACCCAGUUCCACGUCGGUGACAGUUUUCGGUUCCUUCCUUGCGUCGUCCCAAAUUGUAGCAUCAACUACUCUUGCACCAACAAUUCGGUGGCACCCGCACCAGCUCCUGUUCCACCACCUCCUGACAAUCUCUCCAUCUUUGACCCAUGUAUGUGGUCCUAUUGUGGUGGAGGCAAGUGCUUGAACACUGCGACCUAUGAGCACAAAUGUGAAUGCGAUGAAGGCUACAGCAAUCUCUUCAACACCUCAACUUUCCCUUGUUAUAAAGAUUGUUCUUUAGGUGCAGAUUGUGCAAAUCUUGGCAUCAAUGUAUCAAAUUUGACUAAAUCUGCGUCUCCAUCCAGUCUACCUGCAGAUAAUAGUACUUCAGCUGCUAGAGAUCUAUCUUCUCCAAACAACUCGAUACUUUUGUCUAUCUUCUUUAUCUCGCUUGCGUUGGCUCGAUUGAUAUAGACAGCACAUACAGCGCUCUGAGGCUGAUACUAUGAUUGUUAUUAAUAUAGAUUUUAAGCUCUUCUUGAGAUUAGCUAUACCUCAUGUUAGAUGAUAUUGUUCCUUCUCGUUUGAGAUUUUGUGCAGUUAGCUGGUA